UGAAUGCCAGACUGCAGAAUUGUUAGGCUAUCUAUCCAAAGUGCAUCAGCCAGCCGUCCAAGGCAUCACUGCGCUUUGUUCUCUCGCCCGCUGUGUUUCGUGCCAAAGUGCUGUCGGAUUCACUGCUAUGUGGUCGCGUUGGCGCGCCUUGUCCCUAUCCCACACCUCGCUCUUGCCUUUGAAGGGAUCGCCAAGCCGUGGGAAUGUUCCCACAUUAAUGCGCAGUGCACGUGGUCCAUAACCGCAAUAUCUAAAGCCCGGUAUUGAGAAGCGAAAUUGCGAAAGAAGAAGGGGAGAACAUCAUUUCUGCCUGGAUGUGGGAGAAAUGAAGCUCGUGAAGGCUUUUCUGAUUCAUGAAGAGCGCGAGACCGACUCGAAAUUCCCUCACGUGCGCAUCGUGGAUAAAACGGUUCAGCGCUUCUAUUUUUGUCUUGAUUUAUAACAAAAAUGCGGGCGAAAAGGACCUAAAUAAUCACGGUAAAUGAGGCAACAUGCAAAUACGCACUGACAGUGAACGCUUGUCAACAGCUUCCGCAGAAGGUGGUUUGGCAAACCGAACAACAAAUAAUAUUUCGACCGGAGUGGCACGUGCCAAGAAGAACGGACACCGUCGUUUUUAGAUAUUGGGAUUAUAUCUUCUUACUUGGGUGUCCACGAUGAAGAGGAGACAGAAGCGAGUGUUGCAAAUGGCCUUCGUAUUCAUGGUGGCUUUGAUAUUUCUGCCAAACGUCGGACUGUGGUCGUUAUACCGGGAGAAACACCUGAUGAAGUCGCACGAGGCCGGCGAACAGGGCUUCUCGCUGGGGCUGAGCGAAGGACACAUUUACACCUGGACGGACGGCUUGAGGAGGAGAGACUGGCAUGAUAACGAGAGUAUCAGGAGAGACGAACUGCGUGUCGGGAAAGGGGAACAUGGCAAGCCCUACCCUCUGGCUGAGGAUGAGUGUGACGACUCGGUUUACAAGGAGAACGGCUUCAACAUCUACGUUAGUAACAACCUCGCCCUGGACCGCUCUUUACCAGACAUCAGACAUCCAAACUGCAAGACAAAGCUGUACCUGGAGAACCUUCCCAACACCAGCAUCAUCAUCCCCUUCCACAACGAGGGCUGGUCAUCCCUGCUGAGGACCAUCCACAGCAUCUCCUACCGCACCCCAGACCACCUCAUCGCUGAGAUCAUACUGGUGGACGAUUACAGCGACAGAGGAUCAGUGUUAGCGCUGGCAGAGUUGAGGCUUUCUGGGAUGAUAGUCCUCAUGGUGGGACACCAGAUGGGCACAGCUGCUGCUCUACCCUACAGCUGA